GGUUCGAAGAAGAUCUCUGGAUCUCCCAAAACCUCACUUCCAUCCCACUGUAAACCCUAGCUCAAAUCCACCGGAAAAUGGGAAAACUCUUGCCGGUUUUCGUCGCUUUGAUCUCUAUUCUUCCAUUUCUCUGCAAUUCAUUCUCGCCGGAGAGUCCUACCGAUCGCCGAGUCCUCGUCCUUCUAGACGAUUUCGCGAUAAAAUCGUCUCACUCCCUCUUCUUCAAGUCUCUAAAGUCUCGGGGCUUUAACCUUGACUUCAAGCUCGCUGAUGAUCCGAAGAUCGCCUUGCAACGCUACGGCCAGUAUCUCUACGAUGCCUUGAUCCUUUUCUGUCCUACAAUUGAACGUUUUGGAGGAUCUGUUGAUGUUGCUGCCAUUCUUGAAUUUGUUGAUUCUGGUCGUGAUUUAAUCAUAGCUGCUGAUGCCAAUGCUUCUGAUUUGAUAAAGGAAGUUGCAACCGAAUGUGGAGUUGAUUUUGAUGAGGAACCUGGGGCCGUGGUUAUUGAUCACAUUAGCUAUGCAGUUUCAGACAUAGAGGGAGAUCAUACAUUGAUUGCGAGUGCUGAUUUUAUUAAGUCUGAUGUGAUCUUGGGAAGCAAGAAAAUUGAGGCUCCUGUACUUUUCCAGGGCAUUGGCCAUUCCUUGAAUCCUGCAAAUAGCCUGGUAUUAAAAGUUCUUUCAGCCUCUCCUUCAGCCUACUCUUCCAAUCCUAGCUCCAAGCUGUCAAAUCCUCCAUCACUGACUGGAUCUGCUAUCUCUUUAGUGUCAGUUGUGCAGGCAAGGAACAAUGCUCGAAUUCUUGUUACAGGAUCAUUAACUAUGAUCAGUGACCGAUUUUUCAGAGCUGGUGUGCAGAAGGCUGGGAGCCCUACUAAACACAAGAAAUCGGGUAAUGAGCAAUUUCUUACUGAACUUAGCAAAUGGGUUUUCCAUGAAAGAGGACAUCUUAAGGCCUUGAAUGUAACACACCACAAAGUUGGGGAAGCAGGUGAACCUUCUAUGUACAGGAUCAAUGAUGAGUUGGAAUACUCAGUUGAGAUCUAUGAAUGGUCGGGAACAAACUGGGAAGCAUAUGUUGCUGAUGAUGUCCAAGUGCAGUUUUACAUGAUGAGUCCCUAUGUUCUGAAAACCCUAUCAACGGACAAGAAAGGUCUCUAUUCCACAGCAUUUAAGGUGCCAGAUGUUUAUGGUGUUUUUCAGUUCAAGGUCGAGUACCAAAGGCUUGGAUAUACUAGUUUAUCCCUUGCAAAGCAGAUCCCAGUCAGGCCUUAUAGACACAAUGAAUAUGAAAGAUUCAUACCAGCAGCUUUUCCCUACUAUGGGGGUGCAUUUUCUAUGAUGAUUGGAUUCUUCAUCUUUACCUUUGUCCACUUAUACAGCAAGUAGACUUCGGCAUUUUUAUUAAACAUGCAUGAUAUCGCCUUUUUGUAAUCUGAGCGAAUAGAGAACUAGAAAUUGAUUGAAAUACUAGAAAGUUUACUUUGUCAUCGUAUUUUGCCGUUGACAUUGAGUAGCAAUGGAAAAUGUUCUACUUUUUGCAGGUUCUACUAUUGAGAAGUGACGGUUUUUUUUUUUUUUUU